ACACACACACACACACACACACACACACACACACUGAGCCGCUCCGCUCCAUCACUGCUCCGCGCGCCUCUCCGGGACUGCCGGAUACUGCUGAGCAGGUGCCUUUGGUGUCCUCCCACUGUGACUUCAGCACACCCACCCCCCCCUCCCCCUACGCUCACUGGGAGGUCUGCAGCAACCUUUGAAGGCCUCAGGUCAGCGGCGGUGGAGAGAUGAAGACGUGCUGCCUGAUCCUGGCAGCUCUGCUGCUGCCCAGCAGCCACGCAGUGUGUCCUGAUAAAGAGCCAGGACUGCAGCCAUGGAUGCCGGGACACAGCGAGGACCACCGUGUUACCAUCGGUUACGGCAGGAAGGUCCUCCUCACAUCUUCAGCUACGGUCCACUCCAUUGAGAUUCUCAGUGGCGGAAAGCUGGUGAUUGCUGACACCAACCGGGCCAUACUGCUGCGAACAAAACACAUUCUGAUUGGGAACAAAGGGGAGCUGCACAUUGGAAGCCGAGACUGUCCUUAUAAAGGCAACCUCACCAUCUCCCUUUUUGGAAGAUUGGAUGACAGUGAUAAGGAUCACAGCUACUUUGGAAGGAAGUACAUUGGCGUGGGGACAGGGGGGACACUAGAGAUCCACGGAGAAAAGAAGCUGUCGUGGACGUUCCUCAACAAGACUCUGCACCCUGGAGAGAGCAACCAGAACAACUACCUGUUCCAGAGAGGCUGGGGCAGCAGAGGCAUCAUCAUCCAUGUCAUUGACCCUAAAAGCGGAGAGGUGCUGCACAAUGACAGGUUUGACACGUAUCGCAGUAAGGAUGAGAGUCGGCGCCUUGCUAAGUAUGUGGAUGGUGUGGGGGCGGGGCUUAUUCUGGCGUUGAUGGUCAAUGACGAGGGCUCCAACAACUUGGAGGACUCGGCCAAGAAGAUCCUCUUCAGGCUGGGCAGCCAGCACAUCAACACUCUGGGAUUUCGGCAUCCUUGGACCUUUAUAGUUACAAAAGGAGACCCUUCUUCUGUUGUCGAGGGUCACGCUUCCUAUCAAGGAACUAAGGCCUCCUCAGAGGCUCAGAGCGUUCGUGUAUUUAAGUCGAGUUAUGGGGAGCAGUUUACUAUUACCACCAGAAGCCAGUGGGUGCAAGAGGCAGAGUGGACAGAGUGGUUUGACAGGGACGAUGAGAGGGGAUCUGGAGACUGGGAGAAAGUGUCCGACCUGCACGAGGCUUACCCAGACAAACUGUGCAGCAAUCCUCUCGACAUCCAGGCUGAGACUCAUGAUGGCAUAGCGGCCAACCAAACGGGAGAUGUGAUCCACAAGAAUGAUAAGGACUACGGCUUCGUCUGCCUCAACAAGGACCAGACUCAUGGCCUCUGUCACAACUACAGAGUCCGCUUCCUCUGUGGAAAACUGGUUCGUCCUCAGGCCUCCGUCUCCAUCGACAUGUUGUCCAACAGCAGUAUCCUGGAGCUGGGGGACGAAGCACAGGGCUGGAGGUCCGGGGACCGGGUGGUGGUCGCCAGCACAGACUACUCCAUGCACCAGGCGGAGGAGUUCAGCCUGAUGCCCUGCUCCACCUGCACAUCCAGCCAGGUCAAGGUCCAAGGUAAGGCCAAGUUCAUCCACAUGGGUGAGGAAGUAGAUGGGGUGGACAUGAGGGCGGAGGUGGGCCUGCUGACUCGCAACAUCCUGGUCCGUGGAGAGAUGGAGCCCGGCUGCUACGGCAACGAGGCCUGCAACUUCUUCGACUUCGACACGUUCGGUGGACACGUGAAGGUGGAGCGGGGCUUCCGGGCGGUUCAUAUAUCGGGGGUGGAGCUGCAGCACAUGGGCCAGCAAACAAUGGGACACUACCCAGUCCAUUUCCAUAUGAACGGAGACGUGGACGAGAGGGGGGGCUACGACCCCCCCACAGCUGUCACCGACCUGUCCAUCCACCACUCCUUCUCCCGCUGCGUCACCAUCCACAGCUCCAACGGACUGCUGGUGAAGGACGUGGUGGGCUAUGACACGCUGGGCCACUGUUUCUUCACGGAGGACGGUCCAGAGGAGAGGAACACGUUCGACCACUGCCUGGGUCUGAUGGUGCGAGCCGGAAUGCUGCUGCCUUCAGACAGAGACAGCAAAAUGUGCCGGCACAUCACCGAAGGAUCGUACCCAGGAUAUGUAGCCAACCCCCGGCAAGACUGCAGCGCCACUUCAACUUUCUGGAUCGCCAACCCCAAUAACAACCUCAUCAACUGUGCUGCUGCAGGCUCCGAGGAAACAGGUUUCUGGUUCAUCUUCCACCAUGUGCCCACCGGCCCCUCAGAGGGCCUGUACUCCCCCGGACGCACCGAACACACCCCCAUGGGCCAGUUCACCAACAACAGAGCGCACUCCAACUACAGGGCUGGAAUGAUGCUUGAUAAUGGAGUAAAGACCACCGAGGCCAACGACAAGGACAAGAGACCCUUCCUGUCUCUGAUUGGAGCCAGGUACGGCCCCCACCAGGAUGCUGAUCCCUUCAAACCCAGGGUCCCGGCUCUGAUCCACCACUUUGUGGCCUAUAAGAACCAGGACCAUGGAGCCUGGCUGAGGGGGGGCGACGUGUGGCUGGACGACUGCCAAUUUGCUGAUAAUGGCAUCGGCCUCACUCUGGCGAGUGGAGGGACGUUCCCAGACGAUGACGGCUCUCACCAGCAGGUGAUAAACUCUCUGUUUGUGGGUGAGAGUGAGAACCGCGGGAUGCCCGUCCCUGACAACAGGAUCUGGGGCCCCGGGGGGUCCGACCACAGCGGCAGAACGCUGCCUCGCGGCGUUGAUUUUCCAAUCCGAGGCAUGCAGAUCUACGACGGGCCCAUCAACAUACAGAACUGUACGUUCCGGAAGUACGUGGCUCUGGAUGGACGGCACACCAGCGCCUUCGGCUUCCGGCUCAACAACUCGUGGCAGAGCUGCCCCAACAACAACGUCACUGACAUCAUCUUUGACCACGUACCUAUCACGUCUCGGGUGUUCUUUGGGGAGCCGGGCCCCUGGUUCAACAAGAUGCAGAUGGACGGGGACAAGACCACCAUCUUCCACGACAUGGACGGCUCGGUCAGCGAAUACCCCGGAGCCUUCCUGGUGAAGGAGGACAACUGGCUGCUGCGGCACCCCGACUGCAUCGACGUGCCCGACUGGAAGGCUGCCAUCUGCAGCGGCCGCUACGCCCAGAUCUACGUCCAGACCCGUAACCCUGCCAACCUGAACAUGCACAUGGUGAAGGAUGAGUACCCUGACCGCCCCCUGACUCUAGAGGGCGCUCUGGGCAAGAAGAAGCACUACCAGCAGUUCCAGCCGGUGGUCACGCUGGCCAAAGGCUACACCAUCCACUGGGACCAGGCAGCGCCCACUGAGGUCACCAUCUGGCUCAUCAACUUCAACAGGAAUGACUGGAUCAACAUUGGCCUCUGUUACCCACAAGGCACCACUUUCACCGUCAUCGCCGACAUCCACAACCGCCUGACCAAGCAGACCCGCAAGACCGGCGUCUUCAUGAGGACCACGCAGAUGGACAAGGUCAACCACUCCCAGCUGGCCCGAGGCUACUACUACUGGGAGGAGGACACUGGCCUGCUCUUCCUGAAGGUGAAGGCUCACAACGAGAGGGAGCAGUUUGCCUUCUGCUCUGCAAAGGGCUGUGAGAGGGUGAAGAUCACCGCCGUCAUCCCCAAAGGCAGCCCCCCCAGCAACUGCAUGGCCCAGGCCUACCCCCGACACGCUGAGAUGCCCGUUGUGGAUGUGCCCAUGCCCAGAAAGAUACCUAAUGCCAGGCUGCAAUCACCAGAACACUUCCUGGAAGUCAUCCUGGAGUCCUACAGCACUCGGUUCUUCCACAUCAAGGAGGACUUUGCCUUUACUGAGGUGAACGGCAAGAAGAUGUACCAACCAGAAGACGGGGUGCAGCUGACAGUAAUUGACGGGCAUGAUGGGAAGUUGGUGGAGAACAAAAGCUUCAGGAACUCCAUCCUACAGGGCAUCCCUGCACAGAUAGACAACUAUGUCAGCGGACUGAGAGACGGUUCCAUCGUCCUCAUUACGUCCAAGGGCCGGCUGCUGACCCGAGGACCCUGGACCAAAGUCCUGGAAAGACUUGGAGCAGACAAAAGUAUCAAAUUGAAAGAUAAAAUGGCUUUCGUGGGCUUCAAGGGCUCCUUCCACCCUGACUGGAUCCGUAUGGAAGUACACUCCGAGCGAGCCAAGAUCCAUCAGGUGCUGCCCAUCCCUGUGGUCCACAAGAUGAAGCUAUGAGAGUGGGGAGGACAACCAAGAGACUAAGUAGCCCCCAGGAGAUACUAAACACAAUUCCACCCCCACCACCACCACCUCCUAUCCCCCCAGAAAUGCACCCACUUACACAUACACACUGCCAGCACUGCAUAGUCAGUUGCUCCAAGCCAUUGUCCAGGAUGUGUUUUUAUUUUAAGUUUGGCGGUGAGAAAGAAUGAUAUGAUUUGGUGUAAUGUAAAGGGGAUUAAGCUGUCCCAGGGCCAGAGAUGAAGUGUGUCAGAGUGGGUAAGAGAUUCAGUAGAGGGAGUCAAGGUUCAACACAUUCUCUGGCGGCCAUAUUGUAUGCUAACAGCUAAGCUAACAGUGGCACAGAACAGACCAAGGAAGUGCGUUGGCAGUAAAAGGGCAUUUUUCGUAGUGUCCAAACGGUGGUACUACAUCUGUCGUUUCAGUCUGUGACGUCGUUGACCCAAAAAAAAGUGUUCCAAUUGACUUGAACUACCCAGUACAACGACUUGUAUAGUCAUUAUUUACAUCAUUGAGUCUAGAAGUUAUAACAUGCGCAAAAAUCUGAAGCCAGAGUUAUUUUCCCUCUAUUCAUUUGAAUGAGCCGAGAGCGGGUAAUCGGAGGCGGCCCUUAAAGACAACUCAAGUAGUCUAGCGGCCAAAGUCGCCGGUCACUCUCUGAAUCUCCAGUUGCUCCAUUUUGGGCUUAAUGCGCCACUGAGCAACUUUAAAAGGAAUGAACAGGGUCUUGAAUCCGACGGUGUUUCCAGGUCUUUUCAUACAUCCAUGGAUUAAUAGGUCUGAUUGUUUUUCCGUAACAUUUACUGUCAUUGACAUCCCUAAUAGAAGUAUUUUGUUGACCUUAUUUUAGCUUGUGAGCUAAAGUAAAAGAUUUGUUCAACAUAAAGGUGCACCUUGUAAAACUUUGAUAUAGAAACAUAAACAGUCCUCUAAAAGACUUCACUAUUGAUUUACCCCAGCAGUCUGACAUCUACAGCCACAUGUUGAUACCCUGUGGUGUGGUACUGUUAGAAAGAGCUGUUUGGUGAUGUAUAUGGUCGAGCUUUGCAUGAAAUGAUCUAGUUCCUACAAUGUGUUGUUUCGAACCUGUCUAAAUGCAAAAUGGAAGUCUUUCAGCGGAGGGUGAAGACUUUGCAGAAGGGCGAGAUGUGAUAGUUUUCAAAGUGUUGAUAAACACACACACUUUCGGCCAUUCUCUUCUGAAAGGCAUUUAUUGCCUGGAACAGAACAGAGUGGAAAAUGAUAAAGUCUCACACCUCUGCAAACACCAAGUCAAUCACUGGUUGAAUUGGAGGUGAUUGUUGGUUGUGGAAAGUCACAAACAUAGUCAGCGUGUAGGUAGGGAGAUUUACACGGUGUGACCAUCAAACCUUUUUACUCCAUACUGAUGGCACAGUUAUACGAUGCUGUGAGAAGAUAGAAGUAAUUGAGGGAAGAAUGAAAAAAAAGAGAACUUGAGAGAAAUGACAGUGAUUGGAUGGGUUUAUUACAUUCCAAAUAAGGGAAGACAUUGGCAGAUAUAGGGUAUAGUGCUCAACGAGAGAUUGAGUUUUGUGCCCAUUUAAAAGGAGCAAAAUAGGCCAGAUGCCCCUUCCUCGACCACAUCCUUCAGCUUUUCAUGGUAAUCAAGAAGAUUUAGCAGGCCUGAUGGGAGGUAGAAAGGGAAAACCCCAAACGCAAAGUGAGGCCUUUAAAUGCAGGACUUUGACUUGAGUAUUUCUAAAACUGUGGUAUAACUACUUUUACCGAAGUAAAAGAGCUGAGUAUAAUGUCUCGUAAAAUAAUAGUUGUAUAAUUGAGGUUUUAUUAGAGGCGGGGAAGAUAACCUACAUCAACAACAACAAAAAUAUUCGAUUAUUCACAUUUAUUCAUUUAUGUUGAUCAUUUAACAACAAAUAUUUCCAAGAGUCUGUUUCCAGCCUGGUUGUUUGAUACUUGUUGAAUGACUGGCUGAUUCUCCAAUAGACCGCCAGUUGCUUAGCGUUUUUAUGAUGCGACUGCAAGCCUGUAUAUGAGCAGAGGGAGCAAUGCUACGAGCGUGAGCUAGCUAAUCUAACGCAUGUAUAGAGUUUGUACUUCAGCGAGCAUCUUCCCAUGCAGGGACUCUGUGGUGUGGAGUGUUUCUUUGCUUGGUUAUAUGCCUGCUUUGUUUGACAAAACUGUUAAAAGAGAGAAAAGAGAAGAAGAAGAAACAAAAAGAGAAACGUUACGUGUUUUGCAUCCAGACCCGUGGUUGUUUACCUGCUCUGUUUCAUUCUGAGCACUUGAUAUUGUGAUGUUCUCCUCCAAUGUUUUUUCUAUAUCUGUGUUUGUGAUCCAUCCAUCUGUGGAGUGAACCAGCAAGAAGUCCAUCAAAAUAUAAAAGAUUAAAUCAAAUGUUAAGUCAAGGAAUGUUUAAAUGUGCAAUUUCCUCUUCAAAAUUACAAAGAGACCUUUCUUUCAAUUUGGCGGUAAAAAAAAAUCCCCUCCCCAUGCCGAAAUAGCUGGUCUUUUUUCGGAUGUCGUCACAGUAAUUUAGUGUUUUGUAUGUUUAAUGUGUUUUUAAAAAUCCACAGAUUGCUAAGAGUUAUAUUUUAUACUUAUUUAUUGUACAGACACAGUGUAUCCAAUCUACAAGGGCCAGCUUUUAUUUGAUGAACAUACCUGCAUUUGGUUUCAUACUGUCCUGUACAGUGUAUGUAAGAAACCAUAUAGGUCCAUUUAAAGGUUUGUGGCAGACACUCAUACUGCAUACAGGAAUAUGACACUUAGUAUAGUUGGCUUCUUCUCACUGUUCACCUGGAUGUGUUGUAUAUGUGGCUUGGGCUUGUAAAGUAAUGAAGCUCCAUGAAUUUGAAUUUCUUUCAGGACUUUUGUACAGAAAUAAAUGAUGUUUGUCUGAAUGA